CCUAGUCCUGCCUAGUCCUCCCUCUCUUGGGUCUUUCUCUUGCAAACCCUGCCCAGUGCCUCUUCUUCCUUCUCACCUUUUUUCUCUUUGCCCUUUUUGCCUCCUAGGUGCCUCCAGCUGCUGCCUCCAUCGCUGCCAUGCCUCCAAUCCAGUCCUCAGAACUUAAGCUAGGCAAAAAAAUAAAUGAAGGGAAAACAAAGGAGGUUUAUGAAUUGCCCAGCCUCCCUGGAUGCGUUCUCUUACAAUCAAAAGACCAGAUAACUGCUGGAAAUGCAGCUAGAAAGGAUCUCAUGGAGGGGAAGGCUGCAAUUUCAAAUACCACAACAUGCACUGUGUUUCAGUUGCUAAAGGAAGCUGGAAUCAAAACAGCUUUUGUGAGAAAGCAUAGUGAAACAGCAUUUAUAUCUGGUCAUUGUGAAAUGAUUCCAAUUGAAUGGGUUUGUAGGAGAAUUGCUACAGGUUCGUUCCUGAAAAGAAACCCUGGUGUCAAGGAAGGCUACAGAUUUUACCCACCUAAAAUUGAGAUGUUUUAUAAGGAUGAUGCAGCAAACGAUCCACAGUGGUCUGAAGAGCAACUUAUUGAAAGUAAAUUCCGGUUUGCUGGCCUUGAAAUUGGACAAACUGAAGUUGAUAUUAUGGCCCAGUCUACCCAAGCAAUUUUUGAAAUACUUGAGAAAGCAUGGCAGCCUCAGAACUGUACUUUAGUAGACAUGAAGGUUGAGUUUGGUGUUAAUGUAGUGACUAAAGAGAUUGUUCUUGCUGAUGUCAUUGAUAAUGAUUCUUGGAGGUUGUGGCCAUCUGGAGACAGAAGACAGCAGAAAGACAAACAGUCAUACCGUGAUCUCAAAGAAGUAACUCCUGAAGCAUUGCAAAUGGUGAAAAGAAACUUUGAAUGGGUGGCUGAAAGAGUGGAGCUGUUGCUGAAACCGCAGAGCCAAGGCAGAGUGGUUGUGCUUAUGGGCUCAACUUCAGAUCUUGCUCACUGUGAGAAGAUUAAAAAGGCAUGUGGAAACUUUGGUAUUCCUUGUGAGUUACGGGUGACUUCUGCUCAUAAAGGACCAGAUGAGACACUAAGAAUCAAAGCUGAAUAUGAAGGUGAUGGCAUUCCUACAGUGUUCAUAGCAGUGGCUGGGAGAAGCAAUGGAUUGGGACCUGUGAUGUCUGGAAACACUGCAUAUCCUGUUAUCAACUGUCCCCCACUGUCAGGAGAUUGGGGUGCUCAGGAUAUAUGGUCAUCACUGAGGCUGCCCAGUGGUCUUGGUUGUUCCACUGUUCUUUCACCUGAAGGUGCUGCACAGUUUGCUGCUCAGGUUUUUGGGCUGAAUAAUCACUUAGUUUGGGCCAAGCUGCGAUCAAGUAUGUUGAAUACAUGGAUCUCCUUGAAGCAGGCUGACAAAAAGAUGAGAGAAGACACUGCAUAGAUGGCUUCUGUUGGUGUAUCAUUCCUAAUACAAGAACGCUUGUCAUAACAAGAAAUUACUUUUCUCAGAUGCUAACAAUGACUCUACAGGUGAGAUCUUUCUUCCAAACAACUGAAGAAUAAUCUCUGGAAGCAGCAUCAUAUAAAUAUUACUAUAGAAUAGUUCUUACUGAUCUAUUUUGAUGGCUUAUUAAGUAAAACUGGUUAUGUGUAUUGAUGUGUAAUCCUGUAGAGAAUAUGUCCACUAGGGAUUUACCAAAAGUUUAUAUUAAAAAACUAGCAAUAACAAAUAGAUUUAACUCUAGUUUCUAAAGAUGACCUUAUUCUGGAAUGUAAUUUGGCAUGGUACUUGUGGACCUAUCUGUGCUGAGGAGAAAGAUGCAGAAAAUAAGUCACUACAGCUGGGAAUAAAAAUAGCUUUCUCUAA